AUGAUACCUACAUCAAAAAGCACUUCAGAUUCGAUCGAGUGUUCAAAUUGCGAUGAUGUUGGUGACGAAGAUGUAAAGCUGUGCACCACAGAGGCCGAAGCUGCCGUAGUUGAAGUUAGUUUUGGAGUAAAAGACAUACGUUUAGCAUCAGAUCCCUUACCAUUCACCAACACCUUGGCAUAUUUAAAUGUGACAACUCUGGAAGGUGAAAAAAUGUGUAUUGAAGUUAGUGACAAAGGAUUUAGAUCUGUCGGUUCAUCAUAUAAUGAGAUCAACAGACAAAUACUCGACAACACUUAUUCCAGUCUAUCAACUGAAGAAUGCUGUACAAAUUACUAUGAAACAAUUUAUGCCUUAUUGUCUGCGCGAAGUCGACUAUUUCGUGAUAGUUUUUCAAAUCAAUUAAGUAUGCGAUUGAAAGAGUUGGUUAAAGAACAGGGUUAA